AUGAACCGAGCAACCAUGGUGCCAUGCGGGAUGCAGGAGACCCAGGAUGACAACAACCAUUCACAAGAUAUGCAAAUUUCGUGAAAGAAACAAAACUGGUGACAUCAAUCAAGGGUAGUUAGCUAGCUAGCUAGACAUUGAAACACAAUGAUGAGGAUUUGGUUGUCGAUUCGACGACGACCCAUUGUGGGUUUGUUGUUGCCCUUGGUACUUGUAUUGGUCGCUCGAUCCUACUAUAAUGUCGUCUUGGAUGCCCGAACUUUGGCUGGCGUCGAAAGCAGCAAGAAGAGUGGUCGAAAAGAGCACUUGGCAUCUUGGUGGGGAGGAACUCUGGUGAUGAAUGACAGUAUGCCCGUCAUGAUCCAAAAGGCCGCCAGCAGUCGUCAAGUCCAAGCCAAGGCAGCCUUGCAGCGCAUGAAAGACCAAGGUACCCUAACGGCUCUGGUUUCUUCCAGAGACCACGUGUUAAAACAUGGAUUCCCGAUUCGAUGGGAUGAUUGCGUCUUGGACCAUUUGUAUCAGGAACAAAGAGCCUUCGAUGUUGUGGUACUGGGUGGUGCUUCGGGUACGGCACGACAUUAUACGUCCUGUCAGCAGCAAAAGCACACCACCACACAAAGAAAACCCAGACCGACGAAACGACGCCCCGUUUACAAAUCCCUGUUGCAACAAAAGUUCCAUCAAGUCAACACUGCCCCUCAAUUGAAUGUUCGUGUGUUUCAUCGAGGACGACCGGAUGACUCCGUCGCCAAUACGCUGCUCCUCGAUGAACUGGUCCAUCCCCUGACCACCAAUGUACUCGUUUGGGAGGAUGUUCUAGUGGAAGCAUCGGACACAACGGAAGAUUCACGUCAGAAAGAACUCGAACAAGCACGACGACUCGACUUUUGGUUGACACGCAUCCACGCGCUUUACGAUCAAGCUGGGAAACGACCUCCUCCCAUUCUCAUCAACUACUUGUGGGAUGUGGAGACGGUCAAACGAGUGAAACAAACACCACCAGUCACACUACCACCUGGAAUCCAGCAGCAACGACGACAGCAACAACACACAUCUUUGGUCGAUCGCAAACCAUUGCAGUAUACCCAGAAAUUGAUUGAUUCCUAUCGUUCCUUGGGAUGGAACAUUGCGGUCAUGAAUGUCGGAGCCGUGAUCAAGGACCAUCGUUUGUUGUUGGAUGACAACGACCAUCCCAGUUGCCAAGCAUCCAACUUGAUGGCCGAAAUGAUCCAGCAUGCCUUUUACUCCAAUCUGGCAGCAGAUCGCAACUGUACCAGCGAUACCCAUUCUCCGCUUCAUCACGACUGGAGGCAUCACGGAGAGACCCAAUCCAUUGUACCGCCGCAUCCAAACGUUUUAGGGGACGUCAUCACUACUCGAUGGGAAACCUUGUGGAGAGACUUGUUUCGAGAAGAUGCAGUCAUUGGUUCCUUGACCGCCUGGGAACCACGAAUCCACAACCGCACCAAUCUGAAAAUGGCACCACAGGGCAGGACCAAGUGGCCCAUGACGGUACAGAAAAAUGAACCAAAGCACAGGGACCCAUCCGUUGGUGAUGAUACUGAUGAUUUGAAGAACCAGGCCUUUUGGGUGCCCCGAUGUGGUUUUGGUAGUAGCGAUUUCAAGAUUACCAUUAACGAUCCCAAUCUCAAAUGGCUCGGCCUGGGCAUUGAAGGCAAGGACCAUUUCAAGCUCUUGAUCAAUGGAGUGCACACCAAACACACAGCAACGCCCAGAGCACCGUGGAGUUUCCAACCUGUUCACAUUACACAAUGGGUACCCGUCUUGGAGCAUGUCGCUCAGAGCAGCCAGUAUGAGAUAUCCAUUUGCCGUGAUCAUCCUACGAGAGGGUCCUUGCACCACUUUGUGGGGGUUUCUGUCCCUCCCAGCUAACUGGCUGCAUUUAUUCUAGUAGGGAUCUUUACCUGAGAUCAGCCCUUUGCAUUUACCAAUGGCUGCAGAAAGCCACGUAAUCUACAUACUAAUAAACACGCGUAACCAUCCCUUUGUCAUUC